AGUCUAUAAGUAAGUGCCAACAAUCCAAACCAAAAAGGUUUUGUUGGCAGGUUCAGAUCAAAACACGAAUGUCUGUUUUCCUUUUUAAAUCGUCUACUAGUUUACCAGCUGUAAAAUGUAUGUUUGUUUUCGUAUUGUAUCACAGAGAUAUCUCUGCUAGGGGUGCUAGAUAACUCUAUUACAAUGACUGAAAAUUAUGUUUUAAAUCAUAUUCGUCGGGAGAUUGUAAACGUCAAUUUAUUAGUCAAAGCUCUAAUACAGGACAUAAACCACUGCUGCGGGCCACGGGAGCUGCUGAAUGAGCUGAACAGCGAGGGGCGGGCCAAGCUGGCCACGCUCCGCCAGCACAUCAACCAACUGGAAGCCCUGGCACGAGACGAAGACAAGCCGUCCGCUCGGGCAGCUCUGCUGGAGGAAGUGGAGGGCCACAGGCAGCAGCUCACCAGCUCGUAUGCAGCCUUCCGCAAGGCGAACGUAGCGUGCCUGCUCAGUCUGGACCGCGCAGACAAGGAAGAGCUGCUGGAUGCUGCGGGAGAGGAGGUCGCCCUGAGGCACAGGCAGCGCCGGGACAAGGAGGGCCUGGUGAAGGCAUCGUCGAGUGUCACGGACCAGUUGCUCUCCAUCAGCAAGAACCUGGCGGAGACCGCGCAGCGCAGCGCCGGCACGCUGGACUCCCUGGUGAACUCGUCGAGCAAUGUGCACGACACACAGCAGGAGCUGUUGACGACAGGAAGCGUCAUCUUGCAGUCCAGCAAGCUGCUCGAUAAGUAUGGCCGUCGAGAGUUCACGGACAAGGUUUUGUUGUUCUUCGCGUUUGCCUUCUUCCUUGCCUGCGUUGUGUACAUCAUACAGAAGAGGCUCUUCUGACGGGCGUCAUGAGACAGUGGGGGCACCACGCCGGAACACACCAAAACCAGAGAGCUCUUCUUCUUGUUAGUAAUAAUCAUUGACAUGUGUAUUUUAUAUAAUCAGUCUUAUCCUAUACAUGGCCUCUAGCUAAGACAACUGUAUUCGUGGGAAGGAAAAAUUUAGAUUUUUUACUUUCAAGUGCACUGCUGAGGAAGCUGGCUAUUAAGGACAAGAAUGUUUUGUAAUUUAGAUUGAUGACUGGAUGCAGUACCCGGUGUUGCUCGGGCUGAACACAGGAUGAUAUAUUUUCCGCGAAUUAAAGCAAAAUACCCGAAGUUUCUUCUUUCCACUUGAAAGCUUACAAUGUAUAUACAUUUUUCAUCCAUUCUCCCUAUGUAUGAGAAAUAAUUGAUGGUUAUUAUAAUCAAUAAAUGGGUUAUAAUCAAAAGUGGCAUCUUGAAACAACUUACAUUUACUCAUUGUAAACGCAUGUCUCCUUCCGGUCUGCCGUUCAGCAUUUGAAACACUUCGUCUUUGGGUUUCUUCAGGCGUCUAUGCAGCUAUCGAUGAUGUAUGUCGCUCGGCAUCUAAAACCUGACGGGCUUGAGUCUGCUCUAAGGUCGCGGCAGCCCUUUUAACUGCGUACACUCUGCAUAUAAAAUCUGCCGGGGCUUAAUCUGCUCCUCAGAUUCUUGGUUUAUAGCUACUUUCAUAGCUCGAGCUUGGAUAGAGCUACAUGCUAGAUUAGAUUUACUCUUGCGAGGCAUAUCGGCAUCAGUAGGUACCUUAAAAAGAACAAAAAUAAGUGUAAGAAAAUUUUUUUCCUACAAUGAAGCUAUCUAACGUUUUACAGAAAUCUCAAGUCUACUCACUAACUACUUAAUAAGAAUCAGACAGAAAAAUAACUAAGUAGGUUACUUUACCUACCUUCCUAUUAAGAAAUUACAUAUAUGAAAACUACAACAAAUGAACAAAACUAUUUUAUUUAAAGUAGGUAUAACUUUGUACUAAAGUCCGGACCAGGAUCACGAUAAAAUCAACAUUUAUUACUUUAUAGGUUAAACAUACAAAAUACGUAAAAUAACAGUAAAUAGGUAUUGCUUUUCUUAAUUGAGAUGGAAAAAUGUCCAAAUUUCUGACUUUAUAGGUUAAACAUAUACCAUACAUAAAAUGACACUAAAUAUUGACUUUCUUCAUAGAAUUGAAGAAAAAAAUGUGUAAAGAUUUCUAACUUUAUAAGUUAAACAUACAACAAAAAUACAGCAAACCAAACUUAAAACAAACAAAAAAAAAAAACAAGCAUUUUUAUUGAUUUGUCUCCAUGGCAACGGGUGUUUGUAAUGCAAUCUAUCGGCACUCAAAGAAAACUUACCAAGGAGAAGGUUGUACAUGACCGUGUGGCAGACAUAGAGAAAUAAUACACACUCACUUAUAGUAUCUCUAUUACCUACCUCCUAUGACUUUCUAUUAUAAAUCUGAAUUUACCUCUUUUUCACUCCCUUAUGAUGAACUUUCAUAAUUAUAUGUAGUCUUUGUCUUAUUUCAGGAUAUGAGGUGAGCUAGCUGCGUGUCAAAUUUCACUCAAAUCUGUUGAGCCAUUGAGGCGUGAAAGAGAGAAAAAAAAAAGAAAUUAUUUAUUCCCCAUACAAACUUUCAUCCCCUAUUUCACCCACUUCAAAUUUUAUUUUAAUGACAAAAAGUAGCUUAUGUCUUUCUCCAAAGUCCAAUCUAUUUUUAUACCAAAAUUUAUCAAAAUUGGUUCAGUGGUUUAGGCAUGAAAAGGUAACAUACAGAUUGAGUUACUUUUGCAUUUAUAAUAUUAGUAUGGUAGUAUGGAUUAUUAUUAACAUAUUAUUCACAUUUUCAGAAGAAAAAUGAAUUAUACAGAAAAUAAAGAAGGUGAUGCGAGCACUCUUACGAGAGCACUGUCUAAGCUUGCAGUGACACUGCAAGAGAACUAUUGUUAUGAGAUUGUAACUGUAUUACAGUUUCCAUGAAAAGACUAUUGUAAGAACAAAUUGUGAGGGAAAAUGUAUGGCCGUCUGCAUUGUAGAUUCGUAAUGCUGAGAGUGCACAAGACACCGGAGGCAGUAGACAUUAUUUCUCCAUGUCGGUCAUGUGAAAGUACACUCCCAGCCGCAAGCAUAUCAAGACAAGAUAUUAGUAUUGGAGUGCAUCUGAGCCCCUCACACACUGACAGGAGAUACUUCUGGCCGCUGUUUUCCACUAGUUCGAAAAUAUGUUUUGGGAAAAUUUACUUAGGCAGUUUUUCCAUAAACAAAAUCCCAUCUUAAAAGUGUUAUAGUUUUUUUGUUAUAACUUAUUGUUUACACGAAGUAAAAUGUUUAUUUAUGAAUAAAAUUAUGAAAAAUAGAAGAUAAUGUGACUUGCAUAUUUUUCUGUUAAGCUUAUCCUAUAAACUAACAAAUGUUAUGUAUGUUUAAAUUAAAUAAACUUUCAAUAAUUUACGAGUUAAUCAUGUAAGUGAAUUAAGGUUUUUGGUUUGCUGUGUUUAGAAAGUACGGUGUACAUUUACAAAGGAGUUUUAUUGAGGUGAUUCAGAAAUGUAACCGACACAUUAUAAGCUAUUGUUACCAAUUAACAUCUUUCCUCGAGCCUGUUGUGCCAUGUUUAUUGCUUGUGUGAUGGUCACCGCCUUCGUGCGUGCUGAGUCUGUUUAAACAGCAGGCCGGCUGUGUUAUUCAGUGUGUCUGGUUUUUGAGUUAUUCUUCAGGGUUUUAACAUUUAAAUAAUAAUAUCAUCAAUCUAUCAAUCAUUAUUCAUCCCAUCAAUCAACAUCUAAUCAGUCAUAAUCUAUCAUACAUCAAAUCGAUCAAAUCAAUCAUCAAUUAUCAUCAUCAUCAUCAUCAUCCAUAAUCAUCUAUCAUCUUCUGUUACUUAACCAUUUCUCAUCCUUCACUCUAAUCCAGUCUUCUCUCUCCUGCACUUCUUUAACUACCUGCUCUUCCCACCUCCUCCUUAAUCUUCCUUGGGGUCUUCUUCCUGUGUACUUUAACUUCAUCAUUUUCCUUGGCAGCCUCUCUUUUCCCAUUCUCUGAACAUAGUCAUACCAUCUCAUUCUUGCUUUUUCAGUGAUCUCAUUCAAGUCCUGUACUCCUGAUCUUGUCUCACCACAUAACUGCCAAAAUACUCCUCAUAAACUUAAUUUCUAUUGCUCUGACCCUCCCAGCAUCUCUGCUCUGUAAGUAACUAUGGGUACAUAUAGUAGGUAUUGUACACUUAUUUCCAUUUUAAAUGGAACCUCUCUCUUUCAUUCCAAAAUUCUCACACUUGUAGAUUGCAUGCAUCUCUUUGUUGUCCUCUUCUUACAAUUUCCUCCUUGUUUUUGCCCCCUCACUUCCUAGAAACCUUCCUGGAAACCUUCAUGUAUUAAGUAUCUACAAUAAUAAAGUUGUUAUUCUAUCACAACAUUCAUAUUUGAUUAUGUUUGGACAGUACCAUCAGAAUUCACAUUAAUAUAAUUUGUAAUUGUUUUAUUUAAUUACUUAGUUAUUAAGUAUUAAUAUUGUUUCUGUAUAAUAUCGUCAUAGCUUGUGUUUUAUAAAAAAAAAUUGUGUGUAAUAAUGUUAUAUGUCUAAACAGAUGUUCUGGACACAAUGAUGACAGCACAGGCAAACACGAUAGGCUUCCUACAUCCAAACAUUUAUAUAAUUAAUAAAUAUAAUAUGUUAUUUAAUGUAUCUCAUGACAGGCAUUUAUAUGUCUAUAUGAGUAUAUAUGCCGACCACUGUUUAUUCCUGCCAGAGAGCAGACGUGUUUCUGCAGGGAUUCAGGUUAAGGGGUGUGGAAUGCCUUGAGAUCCCACUUACUCAGCCUGCGUUUGAGUUACCAUAGCAUCCUCGUCACUUAGAGUAGGGCAGGAUAUAGAGUCCUUAAAAAGCCAUAGGGAAUCUGCCAAAUAGGCAAUGUCUCGCUCUAGGACUGAGUCUAACCAAGUGUUUGGGCCCAUUAAUUAACAUAGUGUGGCACUUAACACUGUUACACGAUAGCAAACUUUCCCAGAUGAAAUACUUAACACCGUGUAGAAACUUAAUAAAAAAUCUAAUAUUUUUUUAGGUAAGAAUUUUAUCUUUACGUGUAACUCAUGUGAUUUAUCUGGUAAAAAUAGAAGACAAGUUAACAUAUCAUUCUCAAUUCAUGUAAGAAAUAAAUACUUUUAAUCAAGAACUGGUGUGUUACGAAAAUUGUCACUAUGCUAAAUGAAUGUUUUGGACUGAAACCAUUAAUGCACACACUGUGGUUAAGUCUCCAAUUGGAAUUGAGGUAAAUAACUCCAAGCCUAGUCAAUUUCAUAAAAACUAUUUAGAAAAUGCGAAGUAAACAAAUUUCAUUACAUUUUCUCUGGUCUGUAUAGACACUUUUGGUCAUCACGAGCUUUUCUCUUUACAAAAACAUCCAGUCGUUUCAAAUUACCUAUGGCAUCGGCGAAUGUUUUUGCCACAUGUGGAUCACAAACUUUAAAUGAAAUGCAGAUUGAACUCAGCAUAUUUAUUGCACACCACAUACAUUGCUAUCUAACAUACAAAAAAACCAUUUUUACAUCAAUCACAACAUAUUUUAGUAUCUUAAAAUGUGUUAAAACCUGAUUCAUCUAUUUUAUCUAUAAAUAAAUGAUUUUUAAAAAAAUAGGAAAGAACACGCUCUCCAUUAUUGCAAUAUAAAAUAUUGUUUUGUUACACAAAAUAUAACAUCUGUUACAACAUUUUUGGACCAUCAAGUUACGUGCGAGCACCUUUCGACAUGCUGACAGCGCAUUACCACAGGUCGUCAAACACGGAGAAAGAAGCGAUUAUGUUCUCGUCCUGGAACAGAGACAAUGUACAUGGCGGAGUAAGCUCAGAAGCUAGAUGUGCCUGUCAUCGUACCCUCUGAGGAAAAAUAACUUGGGCAUUGAUACUCAUGUACCAUGAGUACAUGAGCAAUUAUUUCAAAAUUAAUUCUACAAUAACUCCCAAUGAUAAAACAAAAUACAGUUGUUUAUAAUAAUAAAAUUUUGUCCAUUUAAUUAUACAGUAAAGUAGUGAUAGUGUUUAUAGUUAUAUUUUCUGGAUCAUCUGUACUGUCAUUUGUUUUUAUUAAUUUUGUAAACAAAAAGUACAAAACAUUAAUGCAAGUACUAUAAAUAAAUAUAAUUUAUUUUAACAACUAAUUUGUAAUGCAUAUUAGAAUUAUGCUUGUAAACAAAGAUACAUGUCCAGUCGAAUACGACUGGAACAUAUUGUGAUAUGCUGCCAUUUGUUCUGUUGGUUUGUGUGGAGAAUUUCUCACUGUGCGUGUCUCGUAAUGAAGUGUAUAACCACAAAAACAAAUACAACAAAUGGUCGCAUCAGUGGGUUAUAAGCGUAACUUGUAACUGUUAUAACUGGGGUUUAUCAAAUAUUCCUAUUUUAGGGUAUUGAAUAGAUAGGUUGGUCUAUAUUCAAUGUCAGAAUGUUUUCAGGUCAAUGCGGUACUCCAUGAAAAUAUUUUUUUUUUGUGUUCCACUUUGAAUGUACACCAUGCCACCACUUUGAAUGUACACCAAUUUUGUGUUCCACUUUGAAUGUACACUAAUUAAAAAGGAAAAACAUAUUUUUUAUUUAAAGCAAAAAAAAUAUUGGAUAGCAUUAAUGUGUUUGUCAAAUAAAAUAACAAUUGUUAUUUACUUGACUGAAUGUAUAAUUUUUUUAUAAUCACUUACCUUUCUACUGAAGCAAUUGUAAUUGAUCCGGUGGCUUUUAUAAUAUAAUAUUCUUAGACAGUACAAUACUUUACCAGUACAUCUCUGAUAACGUACUAUUUCAUAACGGAAAGUUUUUCUUUGAGCAAAUUGUAUCAAUUAUAAGUUUGUGCCUGUGCAUGUGAUGUACCUUGGAACAGUAGUCGAUGAAUUCAUCGAUUGUGAUGACUCCGUCGUUGUUGAGAUCCAGUUUCUGAAACAUGACAGAAAAAGUUGCCCAUGUGUGACUAAGACCAGAAUGAGGGAGGUUGGCUGAUUUUAGCUUGUUUUCUAUGUGUUUGUGUAUUCAUCAUCUUUGUCCAUUUUUCAGCUCUAUGACAUGCAGAGCAAACUAGCAAUGGAGUUUGUUAAAAUGAUGAUUUAAAUGAGAAGCGAACCUGGAAGAUGCUGUUGACAUGCGUGAGGGUGGACUUUCGUGGGCGAUCGCGCUUAUCGCCCAACAGGCUGUAUAUGGCCGAGAUCACUUCGAGCAUCUCCUGCCGUGUGAUGAAGCCAUCGCGGUUCACAUCGUACAGCCUGUGCACACGCACGCACACACACGUCACAUCAUCGGGCCAGAGAGUGGCAAAUACAAUCAUCACGCAAGACUUUGCCUGGACUUUCAGUGUGCACAGUCGUAAAAAAACAACUUGUAAAAUUAUAAUCUUGUAGCUGCCAGAGUUUAAGUGGAAUUACUAUUUAACAUGCUGUGCAUUGAUUUAAUACUAUAAGAAUAAAUUAUUAUGCAUAAAAAUUAAAUAUAGACUUAAAGGUUUUAUACUACCAAUUUUAUUUUACACAUUAAAAAAAAUAUAGGAAUAUUAUUGGGGAAGAGUGAGGGACUAAAGAAGCUUAAUAAAAUUAUGCAUCCUACGUGCUUGUUACGAUGCCUCUGUUCAAUUAAAGCAAUAUCAACUGGCAAUGGCAGUGGUACAAUUUCUCAAAUACACACAGAAACAUGGCCAGUGGUGCCAACUCACGAGAACGCCCAGCGACAAGGGCAGUGGUGCAAACUCACAAGAAUGCAUAGUGGCAAUGGCAGUGGUGCCAACUCAUGAGAACUAUCAGCAGCUAGAGCAGAGGUGCUAACUCACGAGAAUGCCCAGCAGAGUCGCUCCUGCAGCGUGCCCUUCAUGAUCAUGGACAGGCCAGCCAUGAGGUCGCGGAAGGUGACAGUGCCUGUCUGGCUGCGGUCCAGAGUCGUGAAGAUGUAGUGUGCAUACUGGCUGGAAUCUGCAAGCACACAAUUCCACCUCAGAGAAGUUCAAAUCAUUGAAGGAAUGUAGUCAGUCAUCUUUCUGCUUAUAGACACCAUUGUAUCAGCGAUAUAGAACAUGUGACCUGGGCCAUCGAGAGGUGAUCACUGUGUAAGGAGGAAAGGGAACCCACAAUCUUGAGACUGAGCAGCAGGAUUGCCCCCCUCCCCCCCUUCCUUCCUAGUUGAAUUUUAUGAUUUUUAAAUGGAUGGGCUUUAUUUGAAUGUAGUACAAAAUCAGAAGAUAAUUGCUAAUAUACAAGUUAUGAAAUAACUGCGCUUCACAUUCACAGUUAUGGCCAUAAUAAAGUUUACAAUCAUUAAUUUUAUAUUACUAGUGAGGUUGAAAAAGCUAUACAUUAAUUAUUGUGAAAAGGUAGGGGAGGGGAUGAGACGACAACAAUUAUUUUCUCCUGGGCCCUUAGUUUCUCUCAAUGGCCCUGCAUUUUAACAAAAAAUAAUAAUUUAGGAUUUUCUAAUGCAUUUUCUUGUAUUAUUAUAAGUGGUAGCACAACAUUAAAUAGUUUGUCUUUUAUUCGAAAGGACUUGUGUUCGAAUACUGAUCCCUCAAGCCAUGGCUUCGCAAAAUCACCCAAGUGAAUCCUGGAAUGGUUCCUUUGGGCCAUGUCCGAUUCCUUUCUCAAAUUCUCAGAGGCAAUGAGUGGGAGCCAGGUCUACAGUCACUCGCUGUGUUUAACGCACCGCAGGGGAAUAAGUGGACCAGCGGUGAGAUUGACUCCCUGCCGCCCAGGGAAACGAGUGUGAGCGAGGCUCGCUGCCACACGCUGCGGUUCGGGUGGAGCGAGUAACAAGCACCAUAUAGGUGGUUGGAGGCCUCCGAGGCAACGCACUGGCUGGGAAGAGAGAGUGGGACUCGGAGCAAGCGACCCGAGAUGAAUGGACCACAAGCGAGUGUAACUUGCUGCCGGUGGCUUGAGAAGAGGGGGCCACGAGUGGUGGGAAACCACUAGUUGCGGAACCUGGCAGUCCUGGACAUCACUGAAUGAUGUUAUGUGAUUACCGACCCCACAGAUCAUUACGAGGACUUCAACCAUAUGUCUAUGGUUCGGGCGAGCACAAUUUGCAGUGGCUGCCAACAUUGGCUUCAGAAUCACUAAUAUUGUUUGAAUAGAGAAAGUAAAGAGUAAAUAAAGUAAACAGGACACUAGGUUUAGUCAAUGAAUGUGUACUACUCGCAAGUAAUUUGUUUUUUUGGUAAUUUGUGUCUCAGCCAAACAAGUUGAAGCGUACAAUGAUCAUAUAAACAAAGAAUGUAACUCAGUCAGAGGAAACUUCACGUGCUGAGGAGUAAAACAAUGACAUAUUGAAUUGAGUGUUACACAUUAUAAGGCAUGUACAUCGUUUCGCUCCUUAAGAUAGGAUCACCAGAUAAGCAGUGAAUGUUUCACUUGUCCAUGAUCGUCUCCACAGCACUCCGCGUAGCUUACUGUCAGCCUCAAAAACGAAAUGCACAAGAACGAGCCGAGUUAAAUAAAGAGUACAUAUGGUGUAAAGAAGAAAUACAUCCGCAGAAGGAAAAUAUUUCCUGAAGGUGGGGGUGAGGGGAGCAUGUGCACUACCAGACAGAAUCAAGGGGAGUUUGCAGACACAAAAGAGGAGGGGAGGGAGUAAGGAGGGGAAGGGAAGUGACUCGCUACCUAAGAAUCAACCCGACGUGAACGGAAAUAAAAACGUAGCUCUUGCAGUAUACUGCAAAGUAGUGGUAAAUUAAUGUCUGCGUUCUUAAUUCUGAAUGUCAGUACAGUUUUUCCCUGUAUUGUUUGUAUGCUAAAAUGUUAAGAUAUUGAUUAAUAUUAAUGUCAUCCCUUUAUUUGUUGUCAGGCUUAAGACACAACUUAGGAGGUUCCUGAAUAACAGCAAGUCCGUCUGUAUCAUGAGAAUCAUAUGUUUACUUUGUUGUGUAACCUAUCACUUGGAAAUAAAUGUCAUGUUGUGGAA